AUGGCGGAGGGUGAGGCUCCCAAAAAGAGAACCUUCAAGAAGUAUUCCUAUCGUGGUGUCGAUCUCGAUAAGCUGCUGGACAUGAGCAAUCAGGAUCUGAUGGAACUCUUCUGCGCGCGCCAGCGCAGAAAGUUCAGCCGCGGCAUUAAGCGAGCGCCUAUCACAGUUCUCAAGAAGCUGCGGAAGGCCAAACGUGACACCGCUUAUGGUGAAAAGCCAGAGGCUGUGAAGACUCACCUUCGCAACAUGGUGAUUGUGCCAGAAAUGAUCGGUAGCGUGGUGGGUGUGUACAAUGGCAAGCAGUACAUCACCGUGGAGAUCAAGCCUGAGAUGAUUGGCCACUACCUGGGUGAGUUCUCCAUCACCUACAAGCCCAUCAAGCACGGUCGCGCGGGUAUGAUGAGCAAGAACUCGCAGUUCGUGCCGCUGAAGUGA